UCUUGAAACGUGAGCGCGUGAGCUGCUUUCUCAGGCCCGGCCAUGGCGCUUCACGUCCCGAAAGCUCCGGGCUUUGCCCAGAUGCUCAAGGAAGGAGCGAAACAUUUUUCAGGAUUAGAAGAGGCUGUAUACAGAAACAUUCAGGCUUGCAAGGAGCUUGCCCAAACUACUCGGACAGCAUAUGGCCCAAACGGAAUGAACAAAAUGGUUAUUAACCAUCUGGAGAAAUUGUUUGUAACAAAUGAUGCAGCAACUAUUCUAAGAGAGCUAGAAGUACAACAUCCUGCUGCAAAAAUGAUUGUAAUGGCUUCUCACAUGCAAGAACAAGAGGUUGGAGAUGGCACAAACUUUGUUCUGGUAUUUGCUGGUGCUCUUCUGGAAUUAGCCGAAGAGCUUCUGAGAAUUGGCCUGUCAGUUUCAGAAGUCAUAGCAGGUUAUGAAAUAGCCUGUAGAAAAGCCCAUGAGAUUCUUCCAGAUUUGGUAUGUUGUUCUGCAAAAAACCUUCACGAUGUAAAUGAAGUUUCAUCUCUUCUCCAUACUUCCAUUAUGAGUAAACAGUAUGGUAAUGAAGAGUUUCUGUCCAAGCUAAUUGCCCAGGCAUGUGUAUCUAUUUUUCCUGAUUCUGGCCACUUCAACGUUGAUAACAUCAGAGUUUGUAAAAUUCUGGGCUCUGGUGUUCAUUCCUCUUCAGUAUUGCAUGGCAUGGUUUUUAAGAAAGAAACUGAAGGUGAUGUAACAUCUGUCAAAGAUGCGAAAAUAGCAGUCUACUCUUGUCCCUUUGAUGGUAUGAUAACGGAAACUAAGGGGACAGUAUUGAUAAAAACUGCUGAAGAAUUGAUGAAUUUUAGUAAGGGAGAAGAAAAUCUCAUGGAUGUGCAAGUCAAAGCGAUUGCUGAUACCGGUGCAAAUGUCAUAGUAACUGGUGGCAAAGUAGCAGACAUGGCUCUUCAUUAUGCAAACAAAUAUAAUAUCAUGUUG